AUGGUACCGGUAUCUGGUGAGGGCUUUCUUGCUGUUAUCCACCUUUGGGCUUUUACUGAUGCCCCCCUGCAGGAAGGAAGGUCUGUAAAGAGGCAGGCAGGACUCUGCUAAAAUGGAGGAAAGAAUUUUGCUAUAUCUUUUGUUAGGCCCAAGACUGCAAUGGGAGUUG